AUGGAGGAAUUAAGAAACCGAGGAAAGAAAAGAGAAGGACGACACAGAGAUACAUGGGAUCCAUUCCAGCUGAACCCGAUAGGAGCUGAGAAGGAACAGAAGAGAACAUGUUUCCAACUGGCCCAGUACCUGGUCGCUGUUAUUGUGGGGUUAGCAGUCCUGACCAGUGCUGUUAUUGCAAAGGGCUCUCUCUUGGUGCUGUCGACAUUGUCCAGUCCAACCUCCCUACGCGAAAAAAAGGAAAAGCAGUUCUACAUGCUAAUGCUGGUGUUCUGCCUUGUCUGGCCCAACUUCCUGGUGUUUUUGAAAUCACUGUGGAGGUGUGCCUUCAAGAGCUUUGUACAACCCAACAUGAAGACCAUGUCGUUUAUCUGUGUCAUCGAGUGUCUGGUGUCACUUGGUACUUCAGUCCUGGUGCUCGUCGUUAUGCCUCAGUUUGACGUAUUGACUAAUCUCUUCAUCAGUGGAGGUGUCUGCAUUGUGUCUGCGAUUCUGCAGAUUGUAUUCAGACUACAGAGAGAAACUUGGAAAAUUGUGUUCCCAAUCUGCUCCCUCAUUCUCACACUCACUGGUUACUGCCUCCUGGGAAUUGACUUCUAUGUGCGUGUAGAAUCACAUGUUCCGGGGCAGAGCUCUGAAAGCUUCAUCUACAUUGCAAUUGGAAUUUUCUCUUCACUACUCAUCUCCCUCUGCUGGUGGGAAAAUCCACUGCAAGCUACAAACAGCAUGCCGGAAACAUUGUCGGAGUUGGACGGUUUCAGGGACUUUGUGUUUGUCAUCAGCAGUAUUCUCAGGAUACUGGUGAUAGGAGCGGUAUACCUGAUCAACUAUGCUCUUAUUGAGGAUUCAAUCGAAUGGUCAGACUUUAACCUUGGGGAUGCCGACUGGGAAUUAUUGCAAAUAGGACUGGUGCUGUUUUUCUUACAGGCAUUGUGCUCAGCAGCCUGCCACUGGUUUGGAGUGGUGGCUUGUAAGAUUCAUGCAGUCAGGAUGAGUUUUGCAGUGCCAGUAUGUUGCACAGGACCUGCUGUGCUGUUGUUGGGAUUGAUACUUUUCCUUACCCAGGCACAAAAAUUGGAUGGAGCAAACCAUGGGAACAUAACACUUUUUUGUACAAGCUUGAACUCCCUGGGCAAAGACAACACAACCCCUGUGGUACUAUUAGAAAUCACCAGGAGCAUCUGUCACACCUCACUUAACAGCCACUACUUUCAAUGGCCUUUUUCCAUGCUUGCACUUGAGGGAUUGUGUAUGUGGGCAGGCUUCGUCACAUGUACUUACUACGUAUGGAAGAUCCAGGUCCAGCGUAUAGAGAGAACCUCUCAGCUCUUUGUUCGUCGUCUCUAUGAAUCUGCUUUCAUUGACCUGUCUCUGCUGCUCAACACCAAGAUGAAAGUGCCACGAGCCCGAAACCAAGAGAGCCAAGACGACAUGCAGAAAUGUGUGAUCUAUCUUUGUGCCACCAUGUGGCAUGAGACCUACGAUGAAAUGCUGAAGAUUCUGACCUCCAUGUUCAGGUUGGACCGCUAUCGAGGCGAUCCAAAGGAGGAUCAUAAGGACUGUUUUGACUUUGAGAGUCACAUUUUUGUGGAUGAUGCUUUUAUGACUGAAAAGGAAACAGGAAAAAGGCUGGUUAAUUCUUACGUAAAUGACUUGAUCCAGGUUGUCAUAGAGGUUUAUAGGGUGUUUACAAAUAAAGAACCUGAUGAUGUGUCGGUCAUUGAUGCCCCCUAUGGUGGCAGGCUGAUGUUUGUUAUGCCUGAAGGCAACAUGCUCUAUGUUCACCUAAAAGACAAAGCUCUGAUCCGGAACAAGAAAAGAUGGUCUCAGAUAAUGUAUCUUUAUUAUCUGCUCGGCUGGAAGGGCUACAUUGCCAAGAACCCUCAGAAGAUCACACGCCAGAAUAACCCAGGCAGAGAAAGUCUGAUCUCGAUGUAUGGUGAGAUUUACAUGUUGCCCCAACAUGACAGUGACCAGAAGAGAAAAUUCAUCUCAGAUGACCAUACUUACAUCCUGGCUCUUGAUGGAGACACUGAUUUCCAACCUAAAGCUGUGAUUCUGCUUGUUGACAGGUUGAGGAUGUAUGACAAUGUAGGAGCAGCCUGUGGUAGAAUUCAUCCUACAGGAAUGGGUCCCAUGGUGUGGUACCAGAAGUUUGAGUAUGCUGUGGGUCACUGGUUACAAAAGACAGCAGAACACGUGUUUGGCUCGGUGCUGUGCAGUCCAGGAUGUUUCAGUCUGUUUAGAGGCUCAGCCUUGAUGGAUGAUAAUGUCAUGAAGAGAUACACCACAACUUCAACAAGAGCUUCCGAAUAUGUGCAAUAUGACCAAGGGGAGGAUCGUUGGCUGUGUACUUUGCUACUGCAGCAAGGGUGGCGUGUUGAGUACAAUGCUGCCUCAGAUGCCUACACCAACUCACCGCAGGAGUUCAAAGAGUUUUACAACCAGAGGAGACGAUGGGGGCCCUCCACUCUAGCUAAUACACUGGACCUUCUGCACAGUGGUGCAGAAACCGUGAAGAGAAACUCCUCCAUAUCCAGGCUCUAUAUCUUCUACCAGAUGUUCACUGUUGGUUCCUCUAUCCUUGGGCCAGCGUCUGUGACUCUCAUGAUAGCAGGUGCUUUCCAGUUUGUCUUCAAAAUGACUGGGACACUGUCCAUCGGCAUUGCAUGCAUUCCUCCUGUGUUCUACAUCAUCAUCUGUUUUAUCACCAAGGCAAAUAGUCAAAUAACUAUUGCUGCCAUUAUGAGUAUCAUGUAUGCAUUCCUCAUGACCGCAUCCUUAUUCUCUAUCAUCGGUGACAUGGUGAUUCAGGGCACCUUCCUGACCCCCACUGGCCUGUUUUUGGUUUCUAUGACAAUCAUGUACCUGGUGACAGCUAUAUUACACCCAGAGGAGUUUGGGAUGAUUAUCUAUGGUCUGAUGUAUUUCAUCUGUAUCCCCAGUGGAUACCUUCUACUGACCAUCUACUCACUGGUUAACAUGAACAAUGUGUCCUGGGGCACCCGGGAAUCCAACAAGGGAGAUGGAGAGGUGAAGAAGAGACAUAAUACUCUGUGUGAUAAGACCUGUCGACUCUGCUGCUGGGACAUGAAGAUCCAGAUAAGCCAGGAAACGGAAAAUCUGAUGAUUCAGCAAAUCACAGGCCAGACUGCACAGCAAGCCCCUCCCAUUCCAAUCACCAACGGAGAAAUUACCGAACAGGCAGCCUCAAAGCCAGGGCCACAAGUUAGACUUGACGACAUCAAAGAAGAAGAAAAAGAAAAGAAAACUGAGGAGGAAUCAAACAAAAUCCCAACUGAUGAACAGAAAAAGAAGGAGGGAAAAAAUUCUGAUGCUGGGUCCAGUGGCAGUGCUGACUAUGCUGAAAAACUGAGCAUAUCACUGAGUUCAUCUGAUGAAGACGAUUACGAAGAUGAUGAUGACAUGGUCAUGAACGCGGAUGAGACAGAGGAGGUUCCUGUCAGUGUCUGGGUUGAACCGGUGAAAGAAGAGUUUUUGAAGAAGCUGACUUAUGCCAACAUGAAGAGAAACUUACAAGAACAAAUACGAUAUGCGCUGCGCAACAAAGAUGAGGACGAUGUGUGUGAGGAGCUGGUCUUAAUGCUAACAGACACUCUUAAUGGAGAGCUCAGCGAAGUGGGGCCUGAAGAUAUCCUGCCAGAAAGCCGGCUGGAAGAAUUAGAGGCUACUCUGACACAGAAUGCUCGACGCAUCCUUAGGACCAGUCGUGUAGAGAAAUUAGAGAAAAGAGUCAGAGUCGCCAUCCAGAAAACACUAACUGCCCCACAGGUUCAAAGGCUGGAUGAGGGUGAGCACGACUUCUGGGAAAAAUUACUCGAGCGCUACUUGAAACCUAUUGUUGAAACUCAAGAACAUAAGGACGAGGUCACAAGAGAGCUAAAGUCACUGCGCAACAAGGCUGUCUUCCUCUAUUUCAUCAUCAACGUGCUCUGGGUGGUAGCUACCUUCUUCCUGCAGGCCAUUGGAAAUGAUAUCAUCAGCAUUAAGAUCCCGAAACUGUAUCCAAACGGCACUCCCUCUGGAGAUUACCUCAAGGUGGAACCUCUCAGUUUGAUGUUCCUGUUGUCUUUUGCUGUUCUGCUCGUCGUCCAGUUCCUGGCCAUGUUAUAUCACAGGAUCUACACUCUGAUCCAUGUGGUGUCCUAUCGCAGUACAGAGAAAGACUACAAACCGAAAGAUGAGGUUGACCCUGAUGAUGGUAAUGGCUUAACUAUUGGGAACCCCGACGCCAGCGAACUUUACAUCACCAUGGAAGACCUGUAA